AUGGACAAAAACCCCAAAAUCGCCGGAGCAAUUGCUCCAACAAAAGAAAAAAUGGCCCGAUACGAGUCCGUAAGACACUCUGAGAAUGCUAAUCAGAACAUCGUGAAGAGGAAACUGAACUACCAGUCGGAUAAGAAGGCGGCGGCCUGCGAGAUGUGCGGGAAGGCCGAGGCUUUGGAACUUUCUGGUCGACUGAAGAAGUUAGUAACUCUAUUUGAGAAGCUCACGGGAUUCAGAGAUGUUGAGGAGAAGAACGUGAACUUUUAUGUCAUGAUGCACCAUUUCAACGCUGUUGGUGGUCGAAAGCUCGGGCGAAGCAGGACUAAAGAGAUGCUAGAUAGUACUAAUCUGGAUACUUCCAAUAUCAUAAUGUCUAGCAUUCAAGAAAAGAUUUAUCUAAUCGAGGAGGCAAUGGGUGUUGUGGAGCGCGAUGGGGAUAACAGCAUGGUCUCCGCCGAGAAUGGUGAAGAUAAGAAGUAUUCAACGAAUGCCAAAAGUUUGAUUACUGGUUUGAAUGUUGACAAAUUGGAAGGGCGGUUGUUCCCUAAUUGA